AGUUUGCAUCGAGCCAAACUGCAUCACUUCUGAGUGCGAUCGCUCGGCCCUCAUCAUUGGAUAUUCUCUAUCUCUCAACACUUUUGUCGGGCCAAAGAGAAGGUUUCUGAAAUGGGAGCUACAUCAUCAUCAUCAUCCGCGCAACGGGACAGCAGAUGUGAGGAGGACGCAGCGGCGGAGCAGCGGACUGCAGAGGCGAGGAAUGCUGCGGAUGAUACGCUAUUACAGAGGAAUGGAAAGAUCUCCACUUUAAAUCUAAAUUCAAAGAACCCUGCAGAUGAAGUAAAUGGACACUUUGAACAGAGGGUACUUGCAAAUGUUUGCUCAGGGUUCGUCGCUGUUAAAGAAGAUGGCACAGAAAUGAUUGAAGACCUUCAGGAUGUGGUCUCUCUUCAACCAAACACUAAGAACGAAGGAUGUGACGUGAUUAAUGAAGACAGUGUUACUGUGAAGGAGGAGGCUCUGGAAGUGAAUACUGUCAAUGAAGUUGGAUUAAAAAAAGUCUUCAGAUAUGUUGGAUUUAAGUUCACGCUAAAAAAAGACACAUGUGAAAAGACACACGCAAAUGAUCAAGUAGAGAAAGUGGCAGGCACAUUAGAGGACUCAAAAGAAAAUGAUGUCAAAGAGAAGAGCACCGUGGCAGCAAACAUUGACACACCUGAUGAGCUUUUGAAAAACGAGGAGACUGGCCAACCCGAGGCAGCUGAACCUUCUCAAAAAAUAGAAAAUGAAACAGAGCUGGAUCAGGGCACAGGGAUGGAAGAACAUAAUGUUGAGGUCACACCUGAUAAAGAAGAGACAAACAUGGUUGAAACAAGUCCUGAGUCAGAAGAGCCGAUGUCACCGAUCAAGCAAUUCUUCACACAAGGAAUCUUUGCCAGUUUAAGAAAGAAAAAGAAAGAAGAUGAAAUACAAGAAGACACUAAGGAGGAGGAACUCAUGAUAAUUGAUCAAAUAGAAGAUGCAGAGACGUCAGAAAUAACUGAAAAGACUGAUACCAAAUGCAUGUGCCUUAAUAUACCUUACAUUAUGCAUGAGGAAGGCAAGGAUUCACAGCCGAAAAGCAGCAAGCUAUUACCGGAAGAAGAGCUUCAACAUUCCGUAGAAAAAGAGAUGGUACAAGCAAGCCCUCUUAAAAGACUUUUCAGAAAAUUUUCCUCGAGAAGACAGAGUAAAGCUACAGAAACUGUUAUUGAGGAUGGGGACAAAGUCACUCAACAGCUUGAGUCAUCCUUGGAACUGACAGAGAUCCAGACACCAGAGGAACCAGUGGAUGCAGAAUCAAAACCUGCCGUAGAGGAACAACUUGCUGAUGCUAGCCCUCAAGAGUCCAAGAAGAAAUCAGACACCACCGUUUCCUGGGAGUCACUGAUUUGUGGCAGCUCGGCUAAAAAAAGAGCUAGAAAAAAUACAGCAGAGGGUGAAACAGCAGACAAUGAGAAAACAACUGAAUCUCCACUUGAAAGUUCCUUUGAGGCUGAUUAUGAUCAUCUAACAUCCUCUAAUGAGCAAGAUGGGGAGGGAGAAUCAGGGUCCACAUGGAAAACCUUUAAAAAAAUGGUCACACCAAAGAGGAAGGUGAGAACCGGAGAAAGCAGUUCAUCUGAACACAUACCUUCAGACGGUGAAAUGAACAAAGAGGAAUCAUUUUCUAUGAAGAAGCUUAUAGUGGGGCGUAGAAAGAGAAAAUCUGAUGGAAGGCAGGAACAGACAUCGUCUGACGAGACUGGUAAAGAUGCUGAUACGGGCGAUGAAGAUGAUGAAACACCUGCUAUUAUUCCUUUGUCUGAGUAUGAAAUCAUUGAGCAUGAAAGUGUGAAAGAGGUGAAAGAAGAACAAGUUGAGGUUACAAUCGAACAUGAGAUGCCAGAGGGGAACUCAGAAGGGUUAGAACAGGACGCACCAAAUGAGUCAGAACCCAAGCUUGAAGGUAACGUUUCAAAAAAUGCUGGACCAUUAAUCAUACGUGUUCUACCAGAAGACUUUGAAGAAGUGGCCGACUUCAUCAGCAAAUAUCAAGAACUGAGCGAUAUACCAGAGGAAGGGAUGAUUGAGGAAACCGUUGAAGAGCCAAUAUCAUCUUCUGAAUGGACAACGCAGUGCGACACCUUAGCAGAAGACAUUGUAGAUUUGACAGCGGAUGCGGUUACUGCCCCAGAGCCUGCUAGUGAGGAAUUAAAUGGGGAUAACAGUACUGAAAUGGUCUCAGCCCUCUCUCAACUUACAGAAUCACCAAGAACAUCUGGACAUGUCACACCAUUGUCAGCUGAAUAUGGUGUGCAGAUGUCAAACGUGGUCCUUCAAGAAGCUGUUCAGUCCAUCUGCAUGACUCCAAGUGUUCAAUCAGUAACAACAAAAGAUGAAAUCCAAGAAAAUCUAGCAGUAUCAUUUUCACCUUACAUAAUGCAGUCAACCAUAGCAGAAGAAACAAGAGUGUUUGUUGCUCAUAAGAAAACAGAGGCAACAGCGAUAUGUACAGGCCUGAUAUAUCAGGAAAUAGAAUCAGUCGAAGAACAUCUCUCUGCACCCUUAGUAGAGACAAUACCUGAAGUAAGUCAUGCUGUCCCGACUGAAUUAGUCUAUGAUAACCUUACAGAUGCAGCUGAAGUUGCAAGACUUGAGACGGAUGAGGUCUAUGAAGCUGAUAUCUGGGAAGUGAAGACAGAAUAUCUGGAAGUAAUUAUAAGAAAUGAAGAAGAAGCUGCCACUGAAACUGAAUUAGACGUAGAUCAAGUAAUUAAACAGCUGCUAGAGCCACUUAUGGAAGUAGCAACUGAGUCCCAAGUGGUGAACAUGGUGGACAAAAUAGAGGAGUGUUUAACGGAACCAGUAACUGGUAUUCAACUUGGAACAGUGGAAAUGGCAGUGGUUGCCAUUGAUGAAGUGCAAGAUGAAGCUGUGAUUGAUCAAGUCAUUACAGAACACACUAAUGUUCAAGAAAAAGUUGAAUUAAUACAUGUAGAUGAGAUACAAGUGGUCAUAAAAGAUGCAAUCUCAAAUACAGCAGAAACAGACGUAGAUUCUGUUCUUGAAGUUGUUUCAGCAGAUGAUUCAGCAGUGAUUGUGGAAGAUAGUAGUCAGAAAACUGAAGAAACUGGUGAGGAAAUUAACAUACCCGCAGAGCAGAGUAGGGGUGUUUUUGCUUUAGAUGUGGAUCAAAGUGUUGAUAUUGAAUGCAUGUCAGAAAGUGCAAAUGAAUCAUUAUCCAGAGAAGAGUUAGAAGAAAAACAACUAGACAUAGCAAGCAAAGAGGCAUUGCUUCCAGAAGAGGUGUCAGCUGAGGAGGCUGAAAAAGUAGAUAAAGGUGUAGUAUACAAUGAAAUGGAUACUGAUCUGGACAGUGUCAGGGUGGAGGAAAGUGCUAGUGAAGAAGCAGACAGCAUCAACACUACUGAGAAAGAGAAACUUGUAGUGAAGGAUAGGCAGCUGUUUACAAAAACCGAAAGUGAUGAAUCGGAAAAUCAAGAGGUUUCUGAAAUGAGUGAACAAGAUGUAGCAACUGAUAAUGUAGACACAGCUCAUGCAAUUACAGUAAAAUAUGUUUCUGAGAUUUCAAAUGCUGUAUUAGAGCACAAAGAAAUAACAAAUCCUGGAGACAGUUCUAAAGUAAUACUGACAGAUCUUAAGACCGUGAUGUCCCAGAAAAAGGCAAGAGAACUGGAAGUAGAUAAGUUAAGUCAAGACCUUGAACACAGUUCAGAAACUUUCAAGAAUGAACAGACAGUAAUAACAACUGACAAAGUUAAGACUGGCAAAGUUUUAGAGAAGGAUGCCAUUACUGAGAACACAACCGAACAAUCAGAGGAAGAGGAACCAGUAGUACAUGCACUAUCUGAGCUACCAAAGACAACAGAACAGGAGGAGGAUACAUCAACAAUGCCUGAGAUAAGUGUUGAAGCAAUAGGUGGUGAACAAAUGAACCAGACAGUAGUAGAAAAAGCCACAGAAGUCAAAGAAUCAUCUAUUCGUGAAUUAAAAGACAAUAUUACUGAUGUUACCGAAGUGGAAAGCACAGGGACAACUGUAAUUGUUGUUACUGUAACAGCUGUGAGUGAGUCUGUUGAUCAGAUUGAUCAGAAGGAUGAAACAACAGAAGAGACCAGGCUAUGUGAAUCUCCUCAGUUAUUAGAAAAAACACGGGCAAAGGAGCUGCAGGUAGAAAAGACAGAAAGGAAAGAUGAAAUGCCAUCAGCAAUAUAUCUGAAAGAGGAAGCAUCUGCAGUAACCACGCCAGAAGCAGCACCCAUAGUACAGGUACCACUAUUGACCUCUGAAAUGAAAGCAGCAACACCAGAAGUUACUAUUCCUGAGAUACAAACACAAGAACCAAUUGAACUCAGGGCAGCAAUCAUUGAAGUGACAGAAGCAAAGGUAGAAACACCCGUGGUAGAAGAAGCAAAGUUAGAGACAGCAGUAGUAACUGAGAUGUGUUUGGACAGAUUAGUUGUGAUAUCAGUGGUUUCAGAACUGGAAGUAGAAAUACCAGUGGUUACAUCUAUAGCAGAAACCAUGGAUAUACACGAUUCUACUGUAAAAUCACUGAAUCAAAACACAGACAAUGAUACCUCAAUGUUCUCCACAGUGGUCGAUAAUCAAGAAGUGGAGGUGCCCAGUGUUACCCAUGCAGCUCUAGAUCUAGCUACACCUGCCAUGACUCUAGACAGCAAAUACGUGGUUGUAGCUCCAGCGAAAGACACAUCUGUUGAGAAUCUAGUGGUAGAGGAACCACCCGUCGACCCAGUGGUUGACUCAGUUGAAGAAAUGCAAAAUGUGAGGGUAACAGAGGGUGCACCAACAGCAGAAGUUACAGAGACUGGAAGAAUAGCAUCAUGUGAUGGACAAGUAUUAGAACCACUAGCUGUCUCUGUCACACCAGUAAAACCCACUGACGCUUUAGUGGCAAAUACAUCAACCAUGAACCCAGUGCUAGAGAUGCCAGAUGUUACUCCAAAGCUUGAGACGCUAACUGUAGAUUUAGCUGAAGUGGCACCUGCUUCAACCUCUGUAGUACAGACACAAGCUGUUGUUUUAGUGACAAGCGCUGAACCUCUAGUAGUAGUUACUCUAGAAGAGAUCAACGUGGCAAAGACAUCAGUUGUGAGCCCAGUAGUUGAAACUCCAGUUAUUUCUAUCACAUCACCAAUAACAACUGUAACUGCAAUGGCACAGGCAUUAGUUGUGACACCAGUGGAUCAAACAACAGCUUUGGUUUCAGAGACAGUAACAGAGGCUGCAGAUCCAGUGGAAGAAACACUAUUUGAGAGCCAGCAAGUAGAAACUCCAACAUUGAUGUCAACAGCAUUUGCAACACCAGUGGUCGAAACAUCAGCACUAGAUUCAAUAACGGUAACACACACUGCAUCUCCAGUUUUCAAACCAGAAGGAGCAGAACCAUCAGUUGUGAGUCCAGAAGUGGAACUUUUCACAGCAAGCUCAAUAACAGUUGCAGUGGCAGAGACAGAGACAGCUGGUUUGACCCCUAUAGUACAGAUUCCAGCUCUUGUUUCAGUUAUUGUCAAAGAGGACGCACAUCCAUUGGAAGAAACAUUUUUCGAGAUCCAGCAAGUAGAAAUUCCAACAUCGAUGCCAACUGCAAUUGCAACACCAGUGGUCGAAACAUCAGCACUGGAUUCAAUAACGGUAACACACACUGCAUCUCCAGGAGUCAAACCAGCAGGACCCAAACCAUCAGUUGUGAGUCCAGAAGUGGAACCUUCCACAGUAAACUCAAUAACAGUUGCAGUGGCAGAGACAGCUGAUUUGACCCCUGUGGUACAGACACCAGCUCUCGUUUCAGUGAUCGUCAAAGAGGACGCACAUCCAGUUAUACCACCUGUGACUGUAGUAGUACAAAUAUCAUCAGUGGAAACCCCAUCAAAUCUAGCUGCAAUGGCAGAUGCACCAGUCAUAAUCCCAGAGGUUACAACACAGCCUGCCAUUUCAGAGGAAAUCGUGACCCCACCAUUACAUUCAGCAGUUUUUGAUGAUUUGACGGAGACGUCUACUGUAACUCCAGCACCAGAGGCACUACAGGUAACUCCAGAAGUAGAGACACCUCCUGUAGCCCCUGAUUUUGUGACAUCUCCCAUUGCUUCAGUGGUUGUGACCCUGGAUGUACCUGCAGGCGUAAAUGAAACAAUGUUGCAGGUGGUUGAAAACAAAACCAAGUCAGAGCCUUCAGUCGAUGUUUACCCACAACCCAUGAUUGAAAAAGAGGUAAUGACAUCAGCUCUACCAGAGGAGUGUAUCUCACUGGAGGAAAAUGCCAAGGGCUCUCUCCAAACUUCAACAGAACCUCAGUCUGAGAUGGAAGACGAUGUCUGGGAGGAUGCUGUAGAUAGUAUUGGAGAUGAUCAGUGUCGAAUGAUGGUAACAGAUGUUUUACCUCAAGAUCUUGCUGUUAAACAAGAAUCUGAUGAUGCAGUUUGA